AAAUCGCAAUCAUGUUUUGCCCAUACGAACCGAUUGUGACAAACGAGGAGGAGGAGGAGGAGGAGGAGGAGGAGGAGGAGGAGGAGGAGGAGGAGGAGGAGGAGGAGGAGGAGGAGGAGGAGGAGGAGGAGGAGGAGGAGGAGGAGGAGGAGGAGGAGGAGGAGGAGGAGGAGGAGGAGGAGGAGGAGGAGGGGGGGGGGGGGGGGGGGGGAGGGGGGAAGAGGGGCAAUCAUCCAGUUACAGGCCGAUCCACACCCAAGAAGAAAAAAACGGUAUAACUGUUAAGUAUGUCUCGCGCCCUCC